CCAAACAACUUAACAAUGGUGUCCUCAGCAACAGUUGCUCUCCUUCUGACUGUUCUGGUCUGCAGCCAGUAUGCUGCCCAAGGCGUCGCCAUCGUCUCGAAGGCCGAGUGGGGCGGUCGUGCUCCCAACUACCGUGUAGCCCUGGGCAACUACCUCAACUAUGCCAUCAUUCACCACACAGCUGGCAACUACUGCGAGACACGUGCUGCCUGCGCACAGCAGCUGCGCAACAUCCAGAGCUACCACAUGGACAGCUUGGGCUGGCCCGAUAUUGGCUACAACUUCCUCAUUGGAGGUGAUGGCGCUGUCUACGAGGGUCGUGGCUGGAACUCGAUGGGCGCCCAUGCUGCCGAAUGGAACUCCAUCAGCAUUGGCAUCUCCUACCUGGGCAACUUCAACUGGGACACUUUGGAGCCCAACAUGAUCUCCGCCGCACAGAACCUGCUCCAGGAUGCCGUCAACCGUGGCCAACUCAGCUCCGGCUAUGUCCUCUAUGGCCAUCGUCAGGUCAGUGCCACCGAAUGUCCUGGCACCCACAUCUGGAACGAGAUCCGUGGCUGGUCUCACUGGAGGGCUUAAGCAUUGGCUUUCGGUUAAUACACUACACAUAUUAAAGCUGCUUUAUAAUAAUUUAUCUUAGAAGACAAUACACUUUACAUAAGUUAACGCAAA